AUUAUACUAGAUUCACUGUGAUUGUAACGUAGUUAUGAACUAUUUUUCAGAAUUUCUGCUAAAAAGUGGAUGAAGUAUGUCCGUUACGGUUCAUCAGAUUCUGAACGAUGCCAAACGUCUUGUCAGUCGUUUACGGGAACAUGAUUCAACAGCUGAUGCAAUCAUCUCUCAAACACAAACUCUCUAUAAGAAUGUUGAAUCAAUGAAAGAGUACAACGAAGACGUGACGGACCAGAACUUGACCAACCAAGUGAGGAGUCGCCCUCUACUGGUCUUCAAUGUGCAGCAAGAGAAUAAACACAUUCGAGAGUUGCAACAGGAGAAUCGAGAGCUCAGAGACAUGCUCGAAGAGCACCAGUCUGUCCUUGAACUAAUCAUGAGCAAAUAUAGGCAGCAAAUUACUCAUUUAGUGCACUCCAAUAAAGCACAAAAUGGGAAUAAUUACAAAAAGAACACACAGGAAUUACAAAAAAUGGCCGACAGCAUUUGUGAAAUUGCAGAUGUGAUGAAAAAAUCUAUCAAAAUGGAUGACCACAACCAUGUUACAGAGCAAGAAAAGCUGACUGAGUUGAUUACUGAGAACAAAGGUCUGCUAGAACUUCUGGAAAUAAGCAAGGUUUACGGAUCCUUGCAAAAACCUUUGAAUGGACCGGAGAUGGUAGAUAAAGAAAUACAAACUGAUACAUAGUUUGAAAAUGUGAUGCAUUAUUGUAUGUUUUAUAAUAAUACAUUGUAUAUGAAUAGAUGCAUGCCAAAAGAAGAGUGAAAAAGUAUCCUGCACAGCUAGGAAGAGAACACUUUUUUUAAAGUCAUGUCACGUUCUAUUCGAUCUUAUAACAAUGAAAAGUGCACAAAAAAAAAAAAAAAAAAAAAAAGAAUUGAAAUUGGUGACUAAAAAAUGUGGUUGCACUUCUUUAAGUAAGGAUUUAAAUUUGUAACUAGGAAUAUGUAUGGUUGACAUUCAUUUCAAAUAAGGAUUUGAAUUUGUAAUUAGAAAAUUGUGGGUUUGUAUUCUUUCAGUUUUAAAGGUGUAACUGUGGGUAUAACAAAGUGACAAGAAAGAUAUGGUUGCAUUCUGUCAGUUCUAAUAUGAAAAUCAGGAACCAAUAUAAUUGGCUUUUCAUAUUUGUUUGCAUGAAUUUUCUUGAAAGAGACAACAAAAAGUAAUAUUGUAUUAAGUGAUAAAAUAGCUUGAUGAGGCAAAAAAUAUUUAUAUUGUUGGGCACAGGUCCCGUUUUUCCUAUGCAAUAUAGCUAAUAUUUUUAGAUUUUUGUUUUAUGCUGAUGAAAUAUCUUUACAUAUUUUUCUUUGACGUUAUGCAAAAAAAUGUUCACAAUUGGCAGAAGUGUUGAUGAAAUGUAUUCGAUGAAAUAUUUUGGUUUGUGUUGAUAAUUUACCCACAUUUUGAAGAAAAAUUCUUAAGCAUAGACUCUUAUUAUGUUAUUCUGUAACACAUGAGAUCUCGAGAAUACUGUGGAUCAGGAAAAUAAUGCACUGUUUUAGGUAGGACAAUAUAGUUUGUACAUGAGUUUGGGUGUUAUGUGAUUUUCAACAAUGUUUUCACCAUGUGAGGUUAAAAAAACAUAAGUAGGAAAAAUGCAAUGUAAUUUCAUAAAAGUGGCAAGAAAUGUUCUUGUGUAUAGAUAAGAGGAAAUUCAUUGAAGGAUGAUUUUGGCAACUUUUGAACCCUCCCCCUUCUCCAUGUAAAGAUACGUAAGAUUUUUCAAACCCUUCCCCAUAUUCUUACAAAGGAUUCCAUUUUGUUUUUCAAAAUUCUAAAAUGUUGUUAGAAAAAGAUCAGGUACACUAAAACCCCCAGUUUGCUGAAAGUUCCGCUUAAUCGAAUAAGAUGUGUCGGAACCAUUGAUAUUCGCUUAAGCAGACUGACUGUAUUGGUAUUUGAUGUAACUGGAUUUCACUGUGUAUGUUUCCUUUUAAGCAUUUUUAACAAAAACUAAGCAUAGAAAAACUCAAAAAUCCUCUGCUGAGCGCUUAGUACUUUAAAAAAAAUUGUGGGCGUGUAUGGGUGGGACUUAGCACUAACUAGAUCAUUUGACUGAAAUAUUGUUGGAUUGUCGGCCCACCUCGCCUCCAAAAAUUUACAAUGUGGUCCUUGGGCAAAGAAUGUUGGAGACCCUUGGUCUUUUCGUAAUGGUCUUGUUAAUGUAUUGGGUAUUUUGAGGCAUCCUUUUCAGAAAAAAAUUACACAUUGACAAAUCAGGUGAUGGAUCAAUUUUGAACGAUUUUUUAAAUUGAAGUAAUGGCAAUCUUAUGAAAGUUCAAAACUCUCAAUUAAAAUAAUAAUUUUUGUAAGAAUAUGUAUCAUUUCAGUUUAUCAGAGUUAAGAAAAGAUAAAAUAUUUUUAAUAAAAUUUUAU